AUGGCGGUGCUGUACUUUUUUCGGGAACCGGAGACCCUCUAUGACUGUGCCAGCGUCAUCUGCGGCAUUCAGUUCGUGAUGUGUUGCAACGGGUUCAGAGGAGGGGGCUCCAGUUUCGCGAUUACCCGCGGCAGAAGGAUCUAUUCACUGGGCGUGGCUGGGCUGACGGUCCUCGUUCUGAUCGGCUCGCUUAGCGCCCUGUUGGGUAGCGAGGAGAUCCGCAAGCGGAUGGCGGCCGCCGACAAGAUGGUUCUGAGCAUUGCGGCUCUGGAGGUGGUCAUGUCUACUCUGGUGUUCGUAGGCACGGUGGUGUCCCUGCAGGCGGCCGGCCGCCGCCACUUGGGCAUCUAUGUGCGCCUGUCCGCGAUGGAUGCGAUGCUGAUGCGGGACUUUGGGGCCAACCUUAACUACCGGAAGCUGCUAAGGAAGAACAUUUUGGUGGUGGUGUCGUGCACCGUGCUCUAUCUGGGGGCCAUCACGAGCGCCGUGGUCCAGAUGGCCACCGGUCAACGCACCUUGUUCCUGCUGUCCGCCUUCUGUUACGUCUUCGUGACGUGCGGUCCUCACUUCACCGGCUACGUCUACAUGAGUCUCGUCGAGCUGCUCUCCAUUCGCUUCCGGCUGCUCCAGAAGAUCCUCAGUCCCAAGUUCCUCGAGUGGCGGUUCCCGCAGCGACAGCUUAGAGAGCAGCGCAUCCGACAGGCCGUGGCCAUGGUCCAGGAGCUCCAUCAGCUCGUCCUGGAGAUUAAUCGUGUAUACGCCAUCGGUCUGUGGAUGUCGAUGGCCCAUGAUCUGGCCAUUGGCACCAGCGAGCUCUACAUCAUCUUCGGCAUGGGUAUGGCCAGCAUGGAGGAGGGCCUCGAAGACGAGGAAAUGGAGCAGCAGAACGGCAGUCGCGUUCUGCUGGGCUACGUGGCCCUCUGCAUGGCCGUUCCUCUCUACAAGCUGCUCAUCGCACCCUUCUACUGCGAGCGCACGAUCCUAGAGGCCCGGCGGUGCCUCCGCCUCAUCGAGCAGCUGGACAACUGGUACCCCAGCAGUCCUGCGAUCCGGCAGCUGGUUAACUCUCUGAUGAGCUGGUGCCUGCAGUUUCGUCAGCAGUUCACCAUCGGCCUGGGCAUUCCCCUCAAUCGAACGGUCUUGACUCUGUUCGUCGCGAUUUUGGUCAACUAUCUGCUCAUUCUCAUCCAGUUCGCCAUGACCCAGAAGAUGGGCGAACAGAUUGAGCUGCAGAAGGUGGCCCUGCAGGAUUGGAUCGGUAUCUAG